AUUUCUCAAAGGAUUAACGGUUUCCAAGAAAGAGUUAAUAUAAUUGCCAAAACUGAAGAGAUUAAGAUUUUCUAUAGUGAAGUUAAAAUUUGACAAAGUUUCCAUCCGGUUUAAUCAUCUUCUUUUUUAAGCUUUAUGUUUGACAAAAACAAAUAGAAUGUUUUUGAGAAAAGGUGGUUUCAUAAUGUAAUUAAUCGAUUUUAAUAAUAAUAAUUUAUAUUUCUUCGGUCUAAUAGCUCUUGUGAUAGUAGCAGUUGAGUUUAUUAAAAUGGAUAUUUUUGCUACUGUCUUUCUGGCCUGUAUUUCAGUAUUAUUCGGAAUAAUUUUAACUUUAGGUGUACAGUAUUAUAUUUUGUAUGUUUAUUUAAAAAAGAGCCCAAUAGCAAAGCCUUCAGUAACAAAAAAUUCAGUUGACUACAACCUACCGCAGGACAUAAAAAAACAAAUAGAAUCUGAAGAUGUGACAGACCGAAGAAAAGGAGCUAGUCUGCCUAUUAGUUUAGUUUUACAGUUUUUAUUCCACGAGUUGAGGCAUUCAGAAUAUAUUAAACGGUGGCUCUAUAAGAAAUUGAGCCUAGAAUUUGAUGAACUUUUAACAAAAACUACAAUAGGAAAAUUUUUUGAUAGCAUUACAAUUAGGGAUAUGCACCUAGGGACAGAAUUUCCUGACAUAAAAGAAAUUACUAUAGAUACAGUCAAAUUAGAUAAGAGGGAAGGUUAUAUUGAAACUGUGAGUUUAUGCCUUGAUUUGGAUUACACAGGAAAUUUUUUAUUAAGUGUUGAUGCCAAAAUGAAAUUUGGAAAAACCGCUUAUCUGUCUAUAAAAGUGAAAAGAAUAAGUGGACAAGCAAGACUUCAGUUUUCCAGACAACCCUACACUCAUUGGUCAUUUAGUUUUUUCUCUGAACCCCUUUUGAAUUUGCAAGUAGAAUCUCAUUUUCAAGGAAGGCAACUACAAUCUAAUAUAACAAAUCUCAUUGUGAAUCAGAUCAAAAAAGCAAUUAAGAGAAAGCAUACUUUGCCAAACUACAAAUUAAGAUACAAACCAUUUUUUGUCAAAACGGACCCAUGUCAGUUGGAUGCAGAAGACAACGAAAUAGUUCCUCAAGGACAAUUGGAAGUCACCUGUGUUGAAGUGUCAAGACUCUCCUUACCUCCCCUCAUUCAAAAUGUUUAUUGCACAAUGGCAGUGGAUGUAAUACCUUGGAUCUCUAUAUAUCAUAAAGAUGACAAUGUAUAUAUGACACUUGAAAUAACCAUGACGAAAGUUCGACAAGCUCAACUAGGUGUAAUUUUUAAACAUGAACAAGGAUUGGUUUUAGUUGAUAGCGUCACACCCCAAAGUACGGCUUACAAGUCGGGCCUAAGGCAAAAUGAUAUAGUACUUGCCGUAGAAAACCGUACGGUUCAAUCGGUACCUCAAGUUGCAAAGUUUAUCAAAUCCAUAUCAGCUGCUAAUGUUACUUUGAAAGUGGAAAGGUUGGCUGAAAAUUACAGUAUCAAAUCAAAGUAUUCAGAGGAGACUGAAAUCAAGGUAACUUGUCCUACACCGGAACUGCCGGAAGAGACUGAAUUAACCCAAACUGAACAAGAAAAUUUUAUUAUGAUUGAGGCGCCUAAAGAUACAAAAAAGAGAGUACCGAAAAUCAUACCAACAAAUGAAAAUAUGACAAAAUUAGCUCAAACUAUUGGAAAUUUUAGUUUGAGGAAACGGAAGACAUCUCUUUCUGAAACUGGAAGCGCCAAAAACACGCCAACAUCAAGUAAUCCCAGUACACCACAACAUUCCAAUCUUAAACAUCAAGCCAAUCAAACCACAUUUUUGAUAAAGAAAACCUCAAUGCCGGACUUACCAGAAAUAACAAGAACGGAUAUAGAAAGUAAUUGUGUAGACGUUCCGUUAAAUACAGAAGUCCAUAGAAGCAAAGAACUACAGGUUGGGACAGUACUUCAGUUCAACGAAGAUUUUCAGUUUGCUCUGAAAGAUUCUUUAAAAUAUCUCAAUAUAAACGUAUGGGGAACGAUUACUGAUGAAAAAGAUGUUUUACUAGGUUACACCAACAUACCACUUAGCCACGUUCUAGGAGAAUGUUGUAAUAGCUUCUUAGGUAAUUAUAUGCGAUGCUAUUCAUUUCUGCCGCCGAACAACAUAGUCCCAAACAAUCAGACUCAUCCUCUUCUGUUGCAUUCGGGCUUCGAACAUGUUUUUUGUUAUGGUGAUAUUCUACUGACAUUUGUAUGGACACAUGAUGAGGAUAUCGAACUAAAACAGAAGAUAUCAGAAAAUCACUUUACCGAGGAUGUUAAACCUGAUGAAUCUCCCAGUGGAAUGCAACACGAUUUUGUUAGGACACAAUUCCAUAGAACGACUCAUUGUGAUUUUUGUUCAAAAAAGAUAUGGUUGAAGGAUGCUGUACAGUGCAAGCAAUGUGGUUUGUGUUGUCAUAAAAAAUGCAUAGUAAAAUGUCAGAUGAGUAAUGGCUGCAAUCCAAACUCAAAAACUGAACAUUCCUGUUCUGAAGGACCCGAAAUUGCUAUGACUGAUAUCGGUGAAGAGAUAACUGAGUCAAAACCACUUGGAAAUGGCAUCAAAAGAGUUAAUAGUGUUAAUAAUUUAGCCAUCCCAGGAUCUCCAUUCAUAGGUUGUACUUCAAGAAGUUUGCCACCGUCUCCCCAACGAACUCCAAGUAGAAAACAAUCUUUGGUAAUCGUAAAUCCGUUUUUAAUGUGUCCUGAAGUUCUUGAAGAAGUUCAGAAGAACCCGGCAGAAGCUUCAGAUUGCAUUAAUAAAUUAUUGGAUCAGAUUAUGUCGUGUCCUAAUGAUGAGACAUUAAUGGAUGCUGCCAAAGAGACUGGAAGACAAAUGUAUCUACACAUGUCGCACGAAGAAAAAGUUGAAAAAAUUAAUCUAAUUAUGACUGAACUGAAAAAGACUCUAGAUUCGGUUACAAUGGAACACAUGGAUCUUUCGAAACAAAUAGGAUCAGAGGAAUCGGAGGUCGAAAAAGCGAAAUUAGCUUUUUUAAUGGGGAAAGCAGACGCAAAAGUUCACGGACUAUCAGUGUUGAUGUUGCAUUACUGUUCCAGUCUGCAACAUACCCAAGAGAAAAUUAUUUAAAUAUAUCAAGAUUUUCUGUUAUAAUGAAAAAACAUAGUCAAUAUUUCUUACUAAAAAGAGUGUUGGUAUGGUUGAUCCGACAUUUUCAACUUUUAACACCAAAUUUUCAUAUGUGAUAUUUUGAAAAAUGAUCCAAAUCGUAAAACUGCAAUAACAAUGAGUUAGAGCUUUGCGUCCUAGAAAAGAGUAGCUAGAUUGUUUUUUACAGCCAUUUACUUCUGGAACUAUCAUUUUAGGUCUAGGAGUUAAUAAUAAAAUAAGUGAACUGUUCAUUUUCUGCAUUCUAAAUUCCGUAUUCAUUAUUUCAGUUUUUGAAUUUGUAUAAGUAUUUUUACAUUAUUGCGCUAUUAAAACAUAAUUAUUUCUAUUCAAAAUUCCAUAUUAUCUUGCUCUUAUAUAUUAUCAAAAAGUUUUGGUGAUUAAAAGUUUAAGAAGUCAAAGAUUUGGUAAAGUGAAUUUCACUAAUAUAUAACCUAUUCUCUUAAAUAUAUAGUGUAAAUAGUAAUAGUAAAUCAUCCCUAUACUAUAUAUUUCUAGUUAUUGAUUAAUGAGAAAAGGUACAAAUUUGUCACAUGUUACCAUUUUGUUUUAUUGAUUCAGUCUGGUAAUGUAAUGUACUUCUUCAACCAUACUAGUUGAUUUUAUUUAUUCAAUUAGUUUUGUCUAAUAGCCCUGGCUUUUAUUUGUUUAUUGGAUGUAGAUGUUCCAGGACAAUUGUAAUUUGAUAAAAAUGAUGUGUGGCUUAUAGUAAGGGCGACCAAAACUCACUUUUAUUACAAUCUUACAAUAAUCUUCAUAUAUUUGACUUUUCAUUACUAAAUAUCUGCAUAACUAAAAUGUUUUAAUCAAUUUUCUCAAAAGUAACUGUGGAUAUCCACUUAUCUGAACGUUGAAACCAUAAUUGGGAGCAGGUCUCCUUCUUUGCACAUUAUUUCACAAAUGUUCUAAUCUCCUAAUUGGAUUUAAAAUUUGAAGUUGUUUCCUUUGAAACAGAUUGAUUGCACUAUAGCAUUAUAAUCGGAAAAUAAUGAUCAUGACCUUAAUGUUCUAUUUUGAUUAAUGGGCCCUUUUAGGGUUGAAUAUGUCACUGUUUUUCCAUUCAAAACUCUAAAUUUUUGUCUUGGACCCAAAACAAUCCCUAUUCCCAAUUUUAAUUUCCAGUGCCAAUUAUGGGAAUGAAUUUCGGAUCCUCAUUAAACAAUCAUUAAAUUAAGUACAAAUUAAUUUUGUUUCAUUUCUGUUCAUUAAAUGAAAAGUCUUGGAACAAAUUGGAUUCUGACCACUACCAGAUUUUAAGCUCUACUUCAUUGUCGUAUAGUUAAUCACCUUUUUGGAAUUUUCACCCAUGCAUUUCAUUGCCUUAUGUAAUGUACUGGUAACUUUCGUACAGACACAAAAACUUUUUUGAUUUGCCUCCUUCCUUGAGUUGAUCCAAAAUCUCACAUUUCUCAGAAAUGGUCAGGGAAAUGCGGUUCUUUUUCUUUGACGUCGAAGCCAUGAUGUAAAAACACAAAGAAUAGAUUCAUAUAUUACCCACUCAAAAUAAGUAACUGGCGUGACAAGUGAAAAAGCGAGCAGUGGGAUAUUCGGAUUAGAAGGAGUUCGGAGUAAAGAUGUCCAACUGUAUUACUGUUAUAGACCGUUGAAGAGGCUCCUGCUUUUUUCUGACCCAUUACUUUAAACGAUAUUCAAGUAAAUUAAUUGGGUAACAAAUGAGGCGUAAACUCCUUAUCCAUAUAACUAUCAAUAUGUGUAUGUAUGUAUUGGUGAAAUACACUGUAAAUAUUAAAUCUCGUAGAUGAUCUGCACUUACAGCAAAAGACGAUGAGCACAUUCUUGUAUUAUAGUUUAAAAACGUAUAAUUAUAGGAUACAGUACUUAUUUAGAACAAAAAUACAAAGAGUUUUUAUUUCUUUUUAUAUUAUUGAUAAGAUUUUUAGAAAGCUAAUUUUUACUUUAUUAUUUAAUUCGCACAUAAUAUAAAGAGUAUACAUGCAUUACAAUUUUCAUAUAUUCGCUUUCGACAAUUAAAUAGUUGGCAACAAUACCAACAAUAUUGGUCACUUCGUUUUUUUAUUAUCACAUUUGGAUUAAGUAUUAAGUAAAUUAGUUGUCUGUAUUUGACUUAAAGGGAACCAUUCAUUGAUGCUACUCCUUAUAUUCUAUUUUUCAAAGUUGUGGUAGGUCCUGGAACCCAAGUUCUACGUAGUCUUCUCGUUCGUGGACCGUUAGUGGAUAGUUCUUCUAUUAGCUCGUUGUCAUGGUUUGCCAUGUUGAUGUAUGCUAUGGCCAUACGCUUUAUCUCAUUUUUAACGUAGGGAAUGUUGAAAUCAAUCUGGAGGGUAUGAUUACUAACAUACCACGGAGCAUCUGUCUGGUUUCUUAGUGUUUUAAAUUGAAACCUUUGUAUUAUGUUGAUCGCAGUAGGUUUAUUGAUAUCUAGUUGUCUUCUUUUAGCCUCAAUGUGUUUUUACCAGGUAAGUCGCUGAUCUAGAUGAAGGCUGAGGUAUUUGGUUUCAGUUGCUAUGGGUGUUCGUAUGGUGUGCAUAGUUACUGGAGGGGCAUAUAUUAUGACGCAUGGUGAAGGUGACUUGUACUGAUUUAAAUCUUAGUCCGCCAUUUGAUGUACCACUCAUUAAGCAGGUCGCUAUGGUUUGGUAAAUCUUCAGUAGCUGUUAGUAGGUCGUCGUUUGUAGCUAAAUCGGUUACAUCAUCAGCGAAUGAAGCCAUUUUAGUGUUGUUGGUUACUGGUAUAUCUGAUGUAUAUAUAAGGAAAAGCAGUGGCCCUAAGACACUACCUUGGGGGACUCAAGAUUUAAUAGGAAAGAAAUUAGAUUUCUGGUCUGAAAAUCUUACAGAAAAGGUCCUAAUCGAUAAAUAUGAUUUGAAGAGAAGGUAGUAAUGACUUGAAAGACAGUUUUUUAAUUUAAGACCCCUGUGCUACUCCUUUUCGAAGGCCUGAGAGAUGUCUAGGAAUACCGCAUUACAAUACUUUUUGUCUUCAAGACCCUUGGAGAUUUCACUUAUUAACCUGUGAACUUGUGGGGUUAUAGAAUGAUGUUCCCGAAAUCGAAAUUGAUGAAUAGUAGUAACUCCAUGAGACCAUCACCCUUGUUUAUUCAUUUUAGUAGGAGCCGUUCGAGGACUUUGCUUACUGUAGUACAUUUUAGUCGGAGUUGGAGGUUGAGGUUGUCUUCUAAGUAGUAGCGAAAUUGAUUCAAUUCUGUAUUUUUGAGGUUAGCUAAGAAGGAUGUGCCCUUUUGAUAAUUGUUGUCCUUAUACUAGUUAUAACAGGAGUGUGAUCAGAACUAAGGUCAAAGUUAGAUUCUACAAUGCAGUCGUUUCUUGACACUCCUUUUGUUAUAAAGAAGUCCAGGAGGUCAGGCAGUUUCCUGGGGUCGCUUGGCCAGUAAGUAGGACUCCGUUGGAUAGGUAAUCGUAGUUAUUAUCUGUCAUUGCUCGCAGUACAUUUCGUCCAUUUGUAGUAAUGCGUCUGGAACUUCAGUGCGUAUGUUUGGCGUUCUAGUCAACACCUGCAAUAAAUUUAUAUUUUGUUUGUUUGAAAUUUUUGUAAUUCACGGUGGGGGAUAUUCCUGCGAAUUAUUACUGCUGAACCUUCAUGAGCAGUACCAUCUGGUUGAGAAGUGUAAAAAUGGAGUAUUGUGGGAUUUUGAAUACUGUUAGGGUAGUGAAGUGCAUUUCUGAUACAAGUAAUAUGUCCAUUUUUUUCAGAUCUAGACCUGCCUUUUACAAUUCAGCUUUGAUAUCUUCGGGUGGUAUAGAGUAGUGAAAAUGUCUUAUGUCUUUAAAAUAUCUUAUCAACUUUCUGUAGGUUUCUUCUGUGUGAGCUGAGAUCUUAACAAUUUCAUUAGGUAGGGAUUUGCUGUAAUACGUUUUGGUUUUGCAGUUGGUUGGUGGUGUGUUGGGGGUCCCGGGAUCUCUUUUUGGUUUAUCUCGUUUCCGUUUUUUGACUUGUUGCUGACUUUUGAUUAGAUUCUUCGUUGGUAAGGAUGCCUUCUUGAUCACUGAGGUCUACAUCUGUUACAAUAUUUUACGAAUGGGGAUAAAUUUUAAGUAUGGGUGGUUUAAGGACAUAAUUUUCAGAGUUUCGACUACUGGAAUUUUGACUUUGAUUAUAUUUUAAAAGUCUCUAAAAUGAACUAUGGCUUAACUAAGAAAGGCGUUAGGGAAUUAGCAUGGUAAAGGUAACCACAAAAAAAAUCACAGACACUUUGGUCUUUUUUUGAAAAGGCAUAGUCAAGGUGAAAACUCCUUGUCGUCAAUUAGAAAGCCCGAAGUCUUUCCCGAUCAACCAGUUUCAACAAAGUAAAUGUAAAAGCUUUUUUUGACAACGUGGAAGAUGUUCAUAACAGGCCUAUUUCUUCCCCUAGAAUAUGGAAUAUAGAAGAAAAAGGACUGUCUAUUAUACAAAUAUCAUCUUAUAUUGUAACCAAAAAAAGGGUAAAACAAGUGGGUGGUUGUAUCUCAGCUGAAAGAGGCAACUUGAUAACCUUUAUUGGGGCUGCAAAUGCUAUCGGAAAUCACAUUCCACCUAUGUUAAUAUUCCUGGGAGUAUUUUUCAAAGAAAGAAUGAUGGCUAGAGUUCCUCCAGCUUCUAUAGGUGGUCGAACGAGCAGCUAUUCUCAAAUUUCAUUAUAUAGCUCACGCCAAACCGAACGGGAAGAACGCAUACUUUUGCUUCUAAAUAAACAUGAGUCAUACUUCUCUGUUGAUGUUAUUACAAAAGCAUCAAAGGGAAUAGUUAUGAUUACUUUAUCUCCGCAUAAAUCGAACAAGCUGCAGCCUUUGGAUGUAUCAGUUUUUAGUCCUUCACAGAUCUUUUACAACCAAAUAAUUUUUUUUUUUGCCUGGUUCAACACUCUUCCCUACAAUCUGUAAUGAUGCCGUUGGCCGUUAAACUCUUAUUAUUUAGUAGAGUGCUAGAGCAUUUGGGAUGAAUCUGAACGAAUUUUAUAAAUUAAGUGAAGGUAGUAUGUUUGAAAAUAAAAUUAUUUUAUUUUUAUUCAUUUUGGUAUAUUAAAUAUGAGUAUCCAAAUUAGAAAAUAAUAAAGUGGGUAAAUCAAUUUUUAUAAUCAGUAUUUUGUGGAUUCGAUUUUACAACAAUUUAUGUCUAUACAUUGAAAGAAAUAAAAAAAUAUGGGGUAUAUCAAAAUUUAAUGCAUGUUCGUUAUAUUGCAAGUUGUUUGUUGUUAGUUUAGUUUAAGUUUUCACUACACUGAAUUUAUGGUUAAGUCUAGAACUUUUUGUAAAAUAGCUGAGAACAAUUUUAAACUUCAAUUUCUCCAAUAAAUUGAUGAACGUUAUUUAAAUUUUUCAAGUUGGUAAUUUUUAUUUUGUCAGCCAAAAUAUGGAAACAGUUUUAAUUAAAAAAAUACACAAUAAAUAUAUAGUACGACAACCACCAGCACAUGAUUAUUUUCAUUUGAUUUUGUGGAACUGUUAUUAUUUCACUGAUUAAGUUUUUGUUAAGCCUUGAGAACAUAGUAGAAAACAGUGCCAACUUGUUUACUGCAAUGCAAUUUUAGAAAGAUCGUAAAAUGUGCAUUUUGUUAAUCUAGUCAAUUAAAAUUUUGCGAAACUUUCAUUUAUUAAAUGUAGUUUUACUGAAAUAAAUAUUAUUUUUAUUCAAAUACAUGUCUGCUCGGUUUAUAUAAUCUGUUUUCAUGCCAAAAAUUCGAUAAAAAUAAAAUUUUCACACAUAUUGAAUUUUUAAGACAAUUAUGUUGCUAUCUGAAGAUUAAAAAUUUUCAAAAUUAUAGCCAUAAUUCGCACAAAAUUAUGAUUUUUAUAAAGUGACUAAAGUGACCCAGUACAACUUACAUUAAUUUGUGGACUUGAUAGUACUUCCAAAAAUAAGAGUACUCCUUUAUGUGUACAUCUUUUUCUAAAACUAUAUUAAAGACACUCAACCCUUUGAAAGGUACACUAUCGUCGAAUUAAUCCGCAAACUCAAAAGCAGCAAAUUUUACAAUAGACACCAAAAACUUAAUGAUCAAAAAAGAUGGAGAUUCGAAGGGUAUUUUUGGGUAGGAUAAGGGGAAUUUUUUUUUCUAUAGGAAGGUUUGUUGGAGUUGGCCCUGACAUAGGAGCUGCUUCUUUGCAGGGCUGGGGCUAUGGUGAUUGCAUUGUGGUUGUGUUGUCUGGCUGAAAAGGAGGAAAAACGAAGACCAAUGGCCAGAAGAAGACGAAAAGAGAGUUCUAGCUUUAGUUAAAACGGCUCUUCUCAGUUUGGGGAUAAUUUUUUUUUCUAUAUUUUUUUUGUUUGUUUUUAAUUUAAAUAGGGGGAGAUCAGGUACAGCUACGGCUGCAUUAUUCCCUAUCUUCGGCCAUUUGGCUUUAUAUUGGCCAGAUACCAAGUUUCGUGAACAUAAUUAAUCAGAAACAGUACAAGAAAAUUAACGAUUGCGGUCUGGAGUUGCGAGAUUUUCUUUUUAGACUUUCAAAUUGUACCAGAUUUUUUUGGGCCUUCAUGAAUUUUUCUGUUAGUUGCGUUCAGAUAUUAUUGUAAUAUUUUUCUUAUUUAUUUAUACUAUUUCUAUCGGUGGGGUAGAUUUAUAUUCACUGUCUUUUACGUACUUAAUUUAUUUAAACAUUUACACUAGACUUAACUAACUUAAGGCUUCCUAAUCUAUGUCGUUCCGUUCAUUAGGACUUUCAAUUAUAAACUAACUAACUCCGCUAUACAAACUUCUUUAUAUAUUCAAAAAAGGUAGAAAAUAAACAGACAAACAAAUAAAUAAAAAGUCCUUUCUAGAAAUUAGUUCUAAAAAACCAAAGGCACCGCAAAUUUGCCAAAUUUUAGAAUUCUAUUAUAACCGGACAGGACCGGCUUCAAGGCCUAUGGAAUGGACGAGUUCGUUACAUACGUAUAUAUCUAACUUUAUAAAAAUCUUGAUACUAGAAAAAACAGAGUUACGUGGCUUGCGACUUGAGCCAAGACAUAUGUAUAAAUAAAAUCAUCUUACCACAUGUCCCAUUCUAUAUAAAUAAAGGGUAGCUUUAUAGACUGAGUGACUGUUUUUUCGAUCACAGUUUUUAGUUUCUAAAGACGAUAGUUUGAUUAUCAAAAUGCGCGUCAGUGUAGUUGUGAGCGUUGAUAUAUUGGUAAUGUAAACAGUGUGUUCAGUAUGAAUAUCAUCAACUAUAGCGUAUUGCAUGCAGUCUCAGAGAAUUUGAACUCAUUUAAGUGUAACCCUUUUAAUUUUACGUCCCAUUUGAUUUCACCGAAAUUAGAUGAAUUGAGAUAUUUACCUACCCCCUUACCGAUUAAUUUUUCUUUUACAGAAAUAGGCGUAUUAUUUAUUUUUAUUUCACUAUUGUAUUGACGAGUCAAUUUUAGGUUAGAAUAUGAAUGAGUUGAAUGAAUGUCUCAGUUUGUUUUUCCAUUGGAUCCACCACAUAUCAGUGAGAAAAGGUGAAUUGAUGAUAUCAGCUCAAUUUGAAUUAAAUCAGAUCUUUUACAAAAGGAACGCUUGUAACGAUUCCAGAAAUUGUAACCUAAAUAUUUUAGAGUCUGACUAAAGUUUUAUAUCCACUGAAUGAAUAAAACAGGAAAUUCUAAAAAAACAAUUUUUAAAAAAACUUCUUUAAGUAGUUAUAAAUAACAUUACAAAUCAACCUUUAUUCACCAUCCAAAAUUACCUUGUAUUGAUGUGGGACGUGGUAUAUAAUAACAAAUAAAAUGAAAUUCUGUAAAAUGUUAUAUCUUAUUAGUAUUCAAUUUUAGAAAAUGAAAAAAGUACCUUUAUUUUUCUAUGUACUAUCAACUCUAGAAAUUAAUUCUGAACCUCCUCUUAUAGAGGGAGAGCCAGUGACCAAUUUUAGGUGGUAAUUUCAAAAGUCAUGAAACUUUUCACAGUCAAACCUUAAUACUUACACAUGAGCUACUGAGCUGAAAGCUAAUUUAGGAAAUUAAUUUCGACAGUAUUGUUACUUCAUAAAAUUUUUGCCAGUACAUUUACAUCCUAAUGGUUGACAGAACAUUAUAAAUAUUUAUAAAAAAAAUCCAAUUUUGUCAUUUAAUCAUUCUUGAAAUUUUAACAGAAUAAAUAAAAUAGAUUAAUAAGUCAUAAUAUCUAAUGCCAGAAAGAAAUUACAUCAUCAAAAGUCUGCCAGAACGAAAAACGUGUCCGUGCGAGUGCGUGCAAUGCAAAUGGAAACCUGUAAGUUAGAGUGAUAGCGCUUAUUGAGCAUAUGUAAACUUUAUUGGACGUACGUUUAGAAUAUUGUUUAGGUAAGCGAAUACACAUAUUGUGGAGAGUAAAAUAUAUUUAAGCUGGAUAUAUACAAUUGAAGAAAAAAUUUAUUAUUCUAAUUAAAAAAUACAAAAUUUAUGUUUGUGGAAUUAUUCUGUUGUUUCAUAGUCUUCAUCCUCGUGUGCACUCAUCAUAUUGGUCGUGAUCCUCAAUGAAUUCAGUUUAACAUUCUGCUACAUUUAUUCAAUUUUUUUACUGUGUCAAACAGUAAAAUUUUAUCACCAGUUUUUAUGCAAAUUACACAAAUCAUUUUUUAGAAAUGCAACUGUAAAACUGAGUUUAAAAAAAAGUCUGUAGCAAAGUAUUUUAUAAUCGAGAAUCUAUACACGUACAAAUAUAUCUCACAAUACUUUAAAAUUGUCUUUACACGAAUAUAUUGUCAAUCUUUAAUAAAAAAAAAUUAUUUGCAAAACUUCAGUAUAAAAUAUUUAUUCUGAUAGCCAAAUCAACGCACGAGUAAAACUGAACUGCACUAGACCUUUUCGAAUUGUAACUCCCAAAAGAGUACCUAAAAUAUUAUCUGUUUUAAUAUUUUCUCACAGUCGCCUUGUAAAUGACCUGAAUAAUAUCUGCGUCAAAGGUACAGAAAUAUCUUUCAAAAGUGAAAUCUCAACAAGAUAAAGAAAAAUCUAUUUCAUUAUAUAUCAUUUUAAAUGUACGUCCAAUAAAGUCUACAGAUGCCCAAUAAGCGCUCUCACUCUAACUUACAGGUUUCCAUUUGCAUUGCUCGCACUCACACGGACACGUUUUUCGUUCUGGCAGACUUUUGAUGAUGGAAUUUCGUUCUGGCAUUAGAUAUUAUGACUUAUUAAUAUAUUUUAUUUAUUCUGUUAAAAUUUCAAGAAUGGUGAAAUGACAAAAUUGGAUUUUUUUAUAAAUAUUUAUAAUGUUCUGUCAACAAUUAGGAUGUAAAUAUUUUGGCAAAAAUUUUAUGAAGUAACAAUACUGUCGAAAGUAAUUUCCUAGAAUUUUAUGACUUAUAGUUUAACAAAAAUAAAUCUUAUUUCUGACCCUAUUUAAAAAUUUAGGAUAGUUCACCCCGGCCACAUAGGGCUGCGAGAAGUGGCUUUUCAGCAUCUGUAGGUAUUAAGGUUUGACUGUGAAAAGUUUCAUGACUUUUGAAAUGACCACCUAAAAUUGUUCACUGGCUUUUGGUCUAUAUAAUAGAACCCCGAUUACAGUAAGAUGAAUACAUUGACUGUUAUCUAAAUUUAAUUUUCAUAUUCUCAUGUGUGGUUGAAUUACAAAAAUUAGUGAAUGUGAGAGAAACUAUACAUCUUAUUUUAAUUAUGAUUUGAUUUAUUUAAACUAUUGAAUCUUGAGCUGAAAAUUAAUCUAAAUCACUAAAUUAAAAUUAGGCUUUAUAUUAAGUAAUUUGUUCAAAAAUUUAAAAACUAUUUGUGUGCAAUAACUUAUAGUCCAGUCAAAUUAGACUAAAAAAUAAGAGUGGAGAUACAUAAAAUGACAACAAGCUGACAAUCAGUGAAAUUGUUCAGAAUAUAAUUAUGGAUAAAAUUUUUAAAUUCCCCAUCAUCUUAAUGUAUGGCAAAAAAUUAGAUUUUUAGCAAAACGGUAAGUUGUAUCAUAUACUCACAUACUUCAGACAAAAAUUGUAGAUCAUAAAACUAUGUAUCUAUAAAGAGUGUAUCAAUACUUUUUUCCUACAAGUCACAAUAUUACGAUAGAAAAAGUUGUAAAAGUAAUCGUCAUAAUAUGCUUCGUUACCUGCUAGAUCCUACAAAGUGGAGUUGGAAGUUGAUCAACAAUACAUUAGAACCAGUUCAAACUUUACUCCUGCCGAAAAAACUGCUGAGCACAAUUUUUGCAACUUCAGGGUUCCCAGCGACCUGGAAAGUCAGGGAAAGUCAGGGAAUUGCAAAAUGGUCAGGGAAAGUCAGGGAAAUUUGGAAAUAUUCUCAAAAAGUCAGGGAAAUUUACAUAAAAUUUCAAAAAGUCAGGGAAAAUCCUAAAAUAAAGUAAAAUCUGGAGUAACUCCAGAUUUUAGAAAAUCCUUGCGCUACGUCUCACCAGAUGGCGCUUCUGAAAUAUUUUGCUGUGUUUCUCACUAGAUGCUUUUAAAUUAAUUUAAUUAAUACUAAUAAUAAUGAUUAAUACUACUAUUAACAUUAAGUAAUCCAAGCUGAUUUUGCGCGUACCUUUUGGUCAAGGAAUUUUUUGAGUUUUGGUCAGGGAAAGUCAGGGAAUUUAUCAGGCAAAUUUUGCUGGGAACCCUGAACUUCAAAAAGGUAUGCAGCGCUAAAUGUGGUUGCAAAAAGUGGGACUGUUUUGUCCUCUGACAUAUACAAAACGUCAAGGCAAGUCGUGCUCUAAUGUUGGAUCACCAACAGUGAAUGAUUCGUUUGAUACCAACGAGAUGACAUGCGAUACAUCGCAAUUGAUGCAGUUUACUUGAACUCAGAAUGAAUAAGAAGAAGAAAGGAAGAACAAGAAGAAGACGAACCAAAAGAAUUUGAAAGUUAUGAAUCGGAGGAAUAAACUUUACUAUUUUUGUUUAUUAUUAUUAUUUAUUUUUUCCAAUUUUGCUAAUUUCCGUUAUUUGGAAAUUGUUACAAAUCAAACAAGAUUACAAUUAACUCAUGGAAUAGACCUACUGAGGAAGCUAUGUUAAAAAACGCGCCACCUCAUAGGUGUACAUAUUAUUACGAUUACAGCUUUUUGAAUCGUAAUAUCUCAGAAACGGUGACUCGUAGGAAAAAAAGUAUUUCUCCAUUUUUUUUUAAAUAAUUUUAUAAUUUACAAUUCUGUCACAGGUAUUUUUAUGAUAAAACUCACCGUUUUGCUUCAAAUCGGAAAAAAACUUAUUUUUUUAACUCUAGUAAAAUUUUUACCAUGCAUGGGAAUGGUGGAAAAUUUAAUUAAUAAUUUUAUUUUGAACAAUUUUAUGACUUUCGGCUGGUUGUGACUUUAAGCAUAACCAAAUGUCGAGAUUAUUAUAAUAUUUUGACAUAUUUUUGUCAUACUGUAAAAUCUUAUCAAAUUAUGUUGAAUAAAUUUUUAUAAUAGGUAAAUUACUGGUUGAAGUAUAAUUUUUGUGACUUAUGGUUCUUCUUCUUUGUGGUGAUGGGAUCAAUCCUUAGACUAUCCACCCAGGCUAAGUUAAAGUUUCUGCAAUUUGUUUUAACUGUCUAGGGUUGCGAAUAUUAUCGCGUCUGACUCAUAGUCAUCACUCCUUCCAGCCAUCUGAAAUUAUCAUAUUUUCCAGUUUGUUUUCUUUAAAAAAGCAAAUAUUAGCGAAGCACUUUUAGCAGUUGGAUUAAUAAGCAUGCAUUCCAAGCUUGAAACAGAGCUGCUACCAAACAAGCAAUUAAGCAUACUAAAAUAAAAUCUAUUUCUAAUGUCACUUUUAAUGCUGCUGCACUCUAAUAGCUUGUGUUUCAAGCUCCCUACUUCCCCACACAUGCACCGAGGCGAGUCGACCACUCCAAUUCUAUAAAGAUGCUCUUGAGUGCCACAAUGGCCCAUUCUCAUUCUACUCAUCAUAGUGAUUCUGGCCCUAUCCAAAUUUACUUGAAAAAACCACGGUUUUUGAUUUAUUUUGCCCAUCAGUUUAUACAGAUGUUUUCCUUUUCUUUUGCAUAUUUCUGUCAAUUCCUCAUUCCACAGGUCCCUUAUUUCUUUUUUGAUGAAAGGUAAUAGAUCUUUAUAGUCAGCUUCUCUAAAUUGAUAUUAUCUUCAUUGAGGCUCUGCUUCGCAAUUUUAUCUGUCUCCUUAUGCCCGUGUAUCCCUGUGUGGCUAGGUAUCCAAGCCAAUUCAAUUUCUAUUCCCAUUUGUUUGGCUUCCCAUAGAUGUUGUCUUGUCAUUAACUUCGAGAAGUCUGUAUCGCUAUCUAGUCCAAAUCUUUUUAUUUUUUGAAUUGCGGUACUCGAAUCCGUUGGAAUUAAAACCUUGGGUAUUUUCUGUUCAAUACUUCUUUUGAUCGCUACAGCAAUUGCUAGGGUUUCAGCCGUGCAUAUACUGGCGUAGUUCGAUACUCUAGCUGAUGCUUUGAAUGUAGUUUAUUUGUCUUUGUUUUUCAAGUACAAACCAAGUACAGUUUGGUACAGACCAAACCCAAUUGUGUUCUCUUCAUUUUUAGAGCCAUCUGUAUAUAUUGUCUGGUAGUCAGGCCAUUUUUCGUGUAGGAAUUUCUGGCUAGGAAUAUUUGAUUAUUAUGGGAAGAUUUUGAGAGUUUAAGAUUGUGUGUUUUGACAUCCAUUAAUUGGGAUUCAUAGGACUGUGAAAAACAUGGGAUUAAUUGGUUUUUUUUUAAUAUGAGAGUUUAAUGAUAAUGCUCUAUCAAGAUCUUCCAUUAUUGGAAAAUUGGUAUAAGUAGAUUUUGGUAUAAGUUUAUUAGUAAGGGAAGUUUUUUUAAUGGAUAGUUGUUUGAUUAUAUAUUUUUGUGCUAGCCACACCCGUCUUCAAUUGAGAGGUAGUUCACUAGCCUCUGCUAGAAGUGAAUUUGUUGGAGUUGAGGAUAUGGCACCCAUCGCCACUCUUAAAGCUUUAAACCGAAUUUUGUUAAGUUUGUUUGUUGUGAGACAUUAUUAAAUAUAAUUGAACCGAAAUCUAGGUGUCAUCUUACUAUAGCCUUGAUUGAUUAAUCUCAUGACAUCUACCCCUUUUUGUGCUUUCGCUACAAUAUUGUCUAUGUGUUUUGUGAAUUCCAUUUUUUCAUCUAAUAUAACUCCUAAGUAUUUGAAUGAUGUAACAAAUUCGAUAGCCUCUCCAAUAAUUUCUAUCUCAGGUAUUACUAUCGGUGAUUUCCUUUUUUGAAAUAAGACAGCCUUUGAUUUGUGAAUCGAGAGCUGUAGAAAUUGCUGUUCUAGCCAUCUUCCUAUAUUAUAUAAAGAUUCAUUCAUAUUCCUGAUUGUUUGAUGAAUGUUGGUGCAGCAAAUGCCAAUAAUUAUACUCCCUUUGUCUUCAGAUCAAACAUAUCAUUUGUGUAGAUGUUGUAUAGUAAUAGACUUAAAGCCGAGCCCUGAGGUAAUCCUUUACAUACUUCCCCUGGUAUUGAUAGUCUUCCACUACAAGUAUCUUUAAUUUGGAUAAUUCUACUAGAAUAGAGCUUGCUUAUUAUAUCAAUAGUUUUUUGUGGAAUUUUCAGCUUUGCCAAUUUAUCUAAUAAGAUAAGUAAUUUCACAUUGUCAUAGGCUGAUUUAAUAUCAAGAAACACAGCUAGCAAUUUUUUGUUUUUCUUAAAGGAUAGAAUUAUUUUAGUUUCUAGCAUAAUCAAAUUGCCGUAGAUACUUCUCCCCUUCCUAAAUCCACUUUGAUUUUGAUUAAUUAGCGAUUCAUUUUCCAGUUUAUAUUCUAGCCUAUUUUUAAUUAGAUUUUCAAAUAUCUUCAUUACACAGGAUUGUAAUGCAAUAUACCUAUAAUUUUCCAUUUGAUCUGGGUUUCUUCCUGGUUUUACUAUAGGAGAAAUUAUUUGCGUUUUCCAAUCAUCCGGGAUUUUCAUAUAUGUGAUUGAGUAUUUUAUAAAAAGACUGAUUUUACAUGAAAUUGCUAAAUUCUUUAUUUAAGAAUAAAUAGUGCCAUCCACACCUGGAGCAGUAUCCUUAAUUUUUCUAUUGAUUACCGCAUUUAGUUCUUCUAAAGUUAACUUUUUAUCGUCGUUAUCAAUACGAUAAUAUUGAUGUUCAUUAGGUAUGUCAGGGGUUGUUAUGUCGUUGACAAAGUUGUCGAGGUUGUCCUUAACAAAAUUAUUUGAUGUGAUUGAUUGUUUUUUAUUGUUAAAUUUCCUAACAGUGUUCCAAAUAUAUUUUAUGUCAUUUUUCUCUGUUGAUAGUGUUACAAAAUUGAAUAAAGCUGUUCUUUUUUUUGGAUUUAAGGACUUUUCUUUUACUCCGUUCACCUGUAAAUUCAUGUUUAUAUAAUUUUCUUUUGUACUAUUAUCUAAAUAUUUUUGUAUAGCUGUUUUUCUUUCUUUAAUCAGCUUGGUGCAUUCAUCAUCCCACCAUGUGAUAGGCUGCAUAUUUUUGUAGUUCCUUCCCUCAUUCUUUGGUACACAAACUGACGUGGCUUCUUUGAUGAUUUUAAUUAUAUUUCCAUAGUUUUCAUCAGUUGUCUGGUUUAUCAUAUUUCCUGUUAAUGAGUUAUAUUUGCUCCAGUCCGCUAAUUUGAAGUUAAAUGAUUGCUUUAUAGGUGUAAACCUCAGGUAAAUAAUUAUUGUUUGUAAAUUCUAUUAUUUUCGGAAAAUAUCACUAUUUCCCCUGUCUGUGGGUAAUGUUGUCCAAGAACAUCUAAGUCCCAGCUCUUCUGAGCAGAAUGUCCUGGAAGACUAACCCUUGUGCCUGAGCCAUCAUUAAGACAAAUAAAUUUGCUGUCCAGUACAUUGUCCACAAUGACAUUGUCAUGAUCAUUAGUAUUAUUUUCCCCACCAAAUAUAAUAUGCUCAAAAUUAUUACUUUCAUUACAAAUAUCUUUUAGAAACAUUUUGUUUAGUCUCACCUUAUUAGGGUUAUAGAUAUUAAUUACUAGAAUUUCCUUUAUUGAUAUAGCCCGAAUGAUUGUACCAUAAGGUUCAUUUGAAGCGUUUAAAUUGUAAGGUUUAGGAGAGAUACUCCUUUUUGCUAUAAUAGCCAUUGUGGCCCUCUGAAGAAUCUAUUCUAAAAGUAAUGUAUGGAUAAACUUUCCAAUUGAUUCUAUUUUUUAAAAAGGUCUUUUGUAGGAUAACUACCUCAGGGUUUAUAUGAUGCAGUAGAUAUUCUAGGUUGUAAUUGUUCGAGUUUAUGCUACUCACAUUCCAUUGUAAUACUUUGAAUUUUGAAAAAAGAAAA